AAUAAAUUGUUCUUAAUUUGCAGGCUUGUUAUUAGAUAAAACCUAAAUAAUGAGUGUAUCGCUUGUGUCAUUAUAUUAAAGAUCGACUUGUACAGCUGUGUAUGUUCGAAGCAGGUGAAAUUUUUGGGGGUUCCCAAUUUCCCAAAUAGCAACCAAUCUUAUUUACAAAAAACCACCACAGAUCUCAACAAUUUGCUACAAAUAAGUCCAACGUGUGUGAGGAAAUAAGAUGGGAUUGCAUUGUGACAUGUCUUAUUAAAACCGUUUAUGCUGGGAAAAUACACAUUAGGAGACAGUUGGGCAGUUUUGACAGAAUAAUCUACUGCCUUGAUUGCUUGUUUAGGCAAUUCUUUAGUUUUUAUUGAGAUUCUCUGAGCGUAAUGUUUAUUAUUGCCGUCGAGUCGACCAAUCCCGUUGCAGGACACCAAAAUGGCAAGCACUUUUUACGAACUCUUUGUUCUUAUUGAAAUCUGAUGGAUUGAACGGCUAUUUGCUGUUUUAACUGGUUAAGUAAGCAGAGAAUACACUCCAAACAGCAUUGUUCUAUCCCAUUAAAAAGUGUAAUUACUAGACAUUUAAAUAGUUCGAUAUUUGGGGUGUUUAGUCCAGUUCAAUCUCGACUCGAGAACUGGACGUUUUACACUCUUCACCCAUUUUGUGAAUAGUAGUCGCCUGACCAAAGAAGAAGAAAAAUCAAAAUGGAAAGCAACAUUCCGAGUUUUCCAUCGUUUUACAAACCUUCUCUAUACUCUAUGGUAACGACACCAAGAACUCAAGCAAACCCAAGUAUACGUCCAUACGAUACUUGCUGCCUACCGAGUUUCCUACCAUAUCCAACCUACCCUCGACGCUGCGAAGUUCCAUACAUCUACCAUCAUCCAGUUCACCACAACCCAUACUUGGAGACAACCGUUUUUCAAGGUCAAGGAUAUCUGGACAAUUUAGGACAGCCUCGAAAACCACGCAGGAUGCGAGUACGAACAAAUUUUAGUCCAUGGCAACUCGAAGAACUUGAAAGGGCUUUUGAGACGACUCAUUAUCCUGAUGUUUUUAUGAGAGAAGCGCUUGCUUUACGACUUGACUUAACCGAGGCUCGAGUACAGGUCUGGUUUCAAAACAGACGAGCAAAAUGGCGAAAACGUGAGAAAUCGAAGGACAACGACGUCAGCAACAAAAGUGAUAAAGAAGACGAAGAAGCCUAUGACAACUCAGAGAGAGCCAUAACAGAAGAAUCUACAUUUAUUAAGCGAGUUAACGACAAUGAAGAAAUCAAGUCAAAGAAGGACGAAAAUAUCGAAGAAAAUGAACGAGAAAUUUCCUCGCCAAAAAGCAAAGAGGCAACAGAACAGAUUUCUCCUACUAUCAACUUAAGUAGAUACCCGAAAGAUUUAAAUGACUUCACUGACCAAUAUGUUGAAAACUACCGAUCAUCUAGUAUUGCUGUGUUGAGACAGAAGGCUAAACAACACGAAGCAGAAUGCUUAGGACUGUCGAUAAAUAGAAACGUCUAAAAAGCAAAAAGAAUUCAAAUUCUUUGCAUUACAAUAAAAUCUUUCAAAUAGACGUUGGGUCAAAUUUUAAUGUUUAUAAGUUGUAGAAAUUUAGAAUGAAAUUAGCCAAAAUAUUAGUUGAAGGUUUUUGGUAGAUGUAAAUCAAGUCAAAUACAGCUAGAUGGCUUCAAAAUAGGCCGUGAUUUGGGAUAACAUCCCGAUAAAAUACUUCAAAUGUCAUUUGAAUCAAGAGCUCUUAUCGGUUGAGAAUUAAUGAGAUUCAAAAAGAAAAAAAGGAAAAUUUACAAAAAAUUGAUAAAAUAGACUUAGAAUAUGUUGAAUGUUGAAGGAGUUGAAUUUCAGAUCCCAAUUAGAUAUAUGUAAAGAUUGUCUGUAUGGAUACGUUGAUGGCUGCAUUGCAUUGUAUAAUAGGAAUUGUAUGGCUGUUUGAUACACAAAAUAAAUAGUACUAGUAAAAGAUGAUGUAAAAGCUAAGAAAUUACAACGUAUGUACAUUGAAAUCCGUUACUUAAGUUUAUCAACAAUAAAGUCUAAAGA